AUGCAUUUACCACAAAUCGGCUAUGGCACAUUCUAUGCUACUGAUAAAGUUAGAUUAAAAGCAGCUCUUCAUUAUGCAAUUGAAGAAUGCGGAAUUAGAAGUAUUGAUACUGUUUGGUCUUAUUUUAAUCAAGAAAUCAUCGGUGAAACACUACAAGAAAUCUUUUCUAAAGGCAUCAUUACUAGGAAAGACAUUUUUAUAACUUCCAAAUUAUGGAAUACUCACCAUCGGCCAGAUUUAGUUGAAAAGGAGUUACUACAAACAUUGCAUCAGCUGAAACUAGACUACAUUGAUCUCUUUCUAAUCCAUACACCAGCAUCAUUUAAAUCCAUUGAAGUUGAUGAAAAUAAAAAGAUAACAGAUGACGAUGCAUUUCCGCGAGAUGAAACAGGAAAGAUUAUCAUUGAUGAUAUCCAUAUCUUAGAUACAUAUCGAGCAAUGGAAGCCGUUCAAAUUAAAGGACUUUGCAGAUUCAUCGGAGUUUCCAAUUUAAACCAGAUCAAUUGA